AUGUCUUUAUCAACACGGUACUGUACCGACGACUGUCCAGCCUUGGAGAAUGCUCAGGCACUAUGUGAAGACCUGUAUGUGAUUGUUGGAAUCUCUCCAAAACGUGUGGCUCUAUUUUCUAAGAUCCAGGAUGAGAUCGACAGUGACGAUGUGUUGCGCCUCCAUAACCUCUCAAGGACUAGGUGGACAACGAGGCAGCAGGAAAUGUUAUAACUUCAGAACAUGCGGAAUUUACAGACACUUUCAAGAUAAUUUCUAUGGGCUGAAAAAACGAUGCCAAAUGAUGCAAAGCUCAAACAAAGGGGUUAAUCUCCAGACUGGAAAGUGCCGAGCACAUGCAUGUUUAUAGUGUGUUGAAGAAUUUGAAAAGAUGAGAGUACACCAUCAUUAACAAAGCCUGACAUAUACAAGUCCGGUAUAUGAUAAAACAUAAAGAUUAUUCAAGUAUAUUUAAUUUAUAACAAUGUCAAUGUAGACUUCUUAUUUUCUAGCUGUUCAAGAUUUAAAACUACAAAUAGAUACGAAUCAUGUAAGCAGGUCAAGAAAGGCACCAAAGAAAAUGGAAGAUUUUAUCGUACAUGAUGUUGCACCCAGCGGACAUGAUUGCAACGAUUUGAAGACAGAACUCAAGCGAGCAUAUUUCGGUGCGAUUGACAGUAUCUUGAGUUCGACAAAGGAACGGUUUCAUGAAAAUGCCAAUAAAAUCGUCAAAGAUAUCAACCACAUGUUAAACUCGUGCGCUAACAGUGAGGCAGAUGUCACCACUGAGUAUGUGAUAAAGCACCUUGGUAUCGCUGCAAAGUUUGUGGCAGUGGAUCUCUUAAUUGAAGAAUUGAAAGAGUUACAUGUCCAUAUUCAAUUUGUACAACAUGGAAUUGAAGCCGGCAUCGAUGCCUGUCUUUAA